AUGUCUGCACCAGUACUGACGAUAGCAUUUGAGCCUGACGACUGGCCUGAAGGUUGGCCACGUCAAUCCAUGUCCUCCACGGUGCUGACCCCAGAAUUGCGGAACCUUGGCACCGGAUUUUUCACCGCCGAAAAUGUGUCAAUCAUAGACGACUGGCACCAAAAGGUCCUCGUCGAUCUGGUAAGGUGUGUGCAGAUGAGCCAACACGCUUACUCGGCACAACCGAACCGGAUUCCGGACCCUGAAUGCGAACGAUGGCUGUACCUCAAAGUUCAAGCGUUGAAUUACCGCCUCCUGGCUCGGACCGAACUGGAUGGCAUCCAAGAGGCUCUGAGAAUCGCCACAUUGUUGUGGAUCUUGAGCGUCACAGAAUAUGUUGGGGCCGAACUCACCGCAAUCAUAAUGCUGCCAAAACUCCAAGCGGCCUUAGAAAUGGCGAAGUCUUCACUCGAGGCAUCGUCCUCGCAGUUAUUCCCCGAGUUGCACUUCUGGAUGAGUGGUCUCGGUGCCCUCGUUUCACUGCCUGCGACCAAGAGAAUCUCGACCUGCUCAACCACCCUUGAAGGCAUUCCCUACGACCAGCAAUUCAAUUUCUUUAGCCUUCAUAUGGCUCAAAACGCGCGUCGUCUGAGACUCGAGACAACAUUCGACGCCUAUCACAGUUUCCUCCAGAAAUACUUAUACAUGAAUGUCAAUGGUGGAGCGCAAGGGGCGGACUUGAAGUUCCUUGUUGAGGCCGUCUCAGGUAUCGAUCAAGAUUCUUCUUGA